GAAACACCCAUGGAAAAGAAGAAGCCUAAAAAGAAAUCAUGUCUGCUGCUCUAGACCCACGGUGGUAGAAAAACGGAGCAGCAGAACUGAGCACAGAAAGCAGAGAACUGAAUGAAUGCUGCAUAAAGGCAAACUUGACUCUGCCAAGAGGCACUAUGUCUCCUUAGAAAAAAUAACAAUUCUCCGUCAUGUGACGCGCAUUUCUGCCACUGGGCAUACAAGCUGGAGAACGUGUGCUACAGACUGGAGUCUCAGGCUUGCCUCACACAAUGAUGGGAAAAAUCCAAAGGAUUCUUCAAGGUGGGGAAGAGGGCAAAAGGGAUAAGAUCAACUUGCACAGCCUAAUCUAAACACCUAAAUUUAUCGUGAUCUGGAGAGAAGGGUGAAUAUCAUGGUGUAAGGCAUCAGAUGAACUGUGCUUUCUUCCUUCAACUUAGUGCUAUGGAAACUGCAAUCUGGGGGGAGCAGCAGCAGUAGCACUAGAGACCUUGUUAAAAAUACAAGUUCAUGGACCCCACCGCAUGUCCAUUCCAAGGAUCUGCUGCCUUCCUCCCUCACAUCCACUGGUCGCCAUGACAGGCACACUGAGCUCACCGUCGCAGCUGUUGGGAGUUGAAACCUCUGGUUCAGAAGACAAGUAUCCGUGACUGGGCACUGGCAGAUAUGAGUUCCAGGAAUUUAGCAAUGGGAACGAUCUUCUUAUUCCAGACGAUAUUUGGAAUCCUGGGGAAUUUCUGUUUUCUUCACCAUUACAGCCUCCUUUACUGCUCUGGAUACAGGUUAAGACGCACAGAUCUGAUUGCCAAGCACCUGAUUGCAGGUAACUCCCUAACCCUCCUCUGUAAAGGAGUCCCCCAGACAAUGGCCACCUUUGAGUUGCAAGAUUUCCUCAAUGAUUUUGGAUGCAAACUUCUUUUCUACCUUCAUAGAAUGGGCAGGGGUGUGUGCAUUGGCAGCACCUGCCUCUUGAGUAUCUUCCAGGCCAUCACCAUCAGCCCCAGUAACUCCAGAUGGGCAGAGAUGAAAGUGAAAGCUCCCAAUUACAUCGGCCUCUCCAUAUCCCUGUGCUGGCUCCUCUCCAUGCUGGUAAAUGUCAUUUUCCCUGUGUAUGUGACUGGCAAUCGGAGAAAUGAUACUAUUAAGAAGAGAAAAGAUUUUGGGUACUGUUCUGCUAAAUAUCACGACAGAAGUGCAGACUCACUCUAUGCAGCAUUGUUAUCAUUCCCUGAUGCUCUGUGUUUGGGGCUCAUGCUCUGGGCCAGCGGCUCCAUGGUUUCCAUCCUGUACAGGCACAAGCAGCGGGUCCAGCACAUCCACAGGACCAGCCUUUCCCCCAGGUCCUCCCCUGAGUCCAGAGCUACCGAAACCAUCCGUUUACUGGUGAGCACCUUUGUAUCUUUUUACACCGUCUCCUCCAUUUUACAAGUUUUUCUGGCUCUUUUAAAUAAUCCCAGUUGGUGGCUGGUGAAUACUUGUGCAUUUAUCAAUACAAGUUUCCCGACGAUCAGCCCCUUUGUUCUCAUGAGCUGUGACCCCAGGGUAUCCAGGCUCUUCUUUUCCUGGUUAAGGAAUACAAAAUCCCGUCAUCGUAUGAGGAAACUGUAAAUGGUUUCCUUUUGCACAGUAUUCGCGUGUUUACUCCUUUAUGUCCCACGGAGUCCUAAGCACAAUUAUGAAACAGGCCAGCACAAGAGAGUGGUGAUAUAUGCAUAUGUAUAAAUGUGUGUGUGCAUAUGCGUCUAUGUGUGCACCAUGAGUGUGUGUGUACAUAAUUGAUCAGAUUGUUUGUUAUCCAUCAAGCAAAAAUGUUGGGAAAUUAUACCUUAAAAAUGUAAAAUAUAAAAUAAUGCUAAUUACAACAAUGACAGAUUGCUUUAACACAAAGUCUAUUUUAUCUGAUAUUUAUCUUGCUAUUCUAGUUGAAUUAGCUAUAAUUACAGGGCAUAUAUUUUUCAUUUAUCCACUUUAAUUCUUAUGUUUCAGCUAUAGUUCCUUGAAAUAUACCCAACUGAAUACAGUCAAACAGUAUUCAACUUUAACAGGAGUAAUUAGUCUUUUAUAUUUAAUAUA